CUUCCGCAGUGCGCGCCUUUGUGUCGGAGCGCGCGGCCCGUCCUGCAGCUCGGGGACGCCGGGACCGUUUCCUUCCUGGAGUUUGGGGGCUUCGGUUCCCACUGUGCGGCCCGAGCCACCGUGCGGCGGCAGAGCGGACGGAGCCGCUGGCGUUGGGGACGCCGGACAUGGUAGUGUCUCAUUCUAGUGUCAAGAUGGACCUAGAAAUCCCUGUGUAGCUCAAGCUUGCCUGAAGCUUGCAGGAAUACUGUCACUUCUGCCUUCCAAGUACUGAGAUUCAUAUACAUGAGCUUUCAACUUCCAGAUGGAAACCUGAACUUUUCUAGAGUACUCUGCGAAACUUUGCUGCAGUGGGAUCAAGAGAGGGCACUUUAUUCCCCACGAUCUAGACAUGGAGUUGGUAUCAUUUGAAGACGUAGCUGUGGACUUCAACAGGCAAGAGUGGCAGCACCUGGGUGUUGUUCAGCGAAACCUCUACAAGGAUGUGAUGCUGGAGAACUACCACAGCCUGGUGUUCUUGGGGAACUGUAGGAUCAAGCCAGAGUUGAUCUUCAAGUUGGAGCAUGGAUUUGCACCGUGGACUGGAGCAGAAAAAUCAAUUCAGAAACUUCCAGAACUAGAAAGUCAACAGAAAAUCUUCUGGAGAAAGCUUUAUGAAUUUAAACAAUGCCAGAAUGCUAACUAUCAAAAAUUUCACCUCACUCCUCAACCAGGUACUCACACAGGUGAGAUAUCAUAUGAACGUAAUGCAUGUGAAAAUGCUUCCUACCAAAAGUCAAAACUCACUAUGCAUCAGAGAACUCAUACCAAUGAGAAACCUAAUGAAUGUGGGAAAUCUUUUGUUGCCAAGUCACAUCUUAAUAGACAGAGAACCCAUUCAGAUGAGAAGCCACAUAAAUGUAAUGAAUGUUAUAAAGCUUUUAUCUACAAGUCACAGCUCACUACACACCAGAGAACUCAUACAGGUGAAAGGCCUUAUGAAUGUAAUGAAUGUGGGAAAGCUUUCAUCUUCAAGUCACAGCUCGCUACACACCAGAGAACCCAUACAGGUGAGAAGCCCUAUGAAUGUAAUGAAUGUGGGAAAGCUUUCCUUUCCAAGUCAAAUCUUAAUAAACAUCAGAGAAUCCAUACAGGUGAGAAGCCGUACAAAUGUAAUAAAUGUGGGAAAGCUUUCAUCUUCAAGUCACAGCUCACUAUGCACCAUAGAACUCAUACAGGCAAGAAACCAUAUGAAUGUAAUGAAUGUGGGAAGGCCUUCAUCUUCAAUUCAAAACUCACUAUACACCAGAGGACCCAUACAGGUGAGAAACCAUAUGAAUGUAAUGAGUGUGGAAAAGCUUUCUUCCAGAAAUCACAUCUUUCUAUGCAUCAGAGAAAACAUACAGGGGAGAAGCCAUAUGAAUGUAUUGAAUGUGGAAAAGCUUUCUUCCAGAAGGCACAUCUUUCUAUACAUCAGAGAACACAUACAGGGGAGAAACCGUAUGAAUGUGCUGAAUGUGGAAAAGCCUUCAUCUCCAAUUCAAGUCUCACUAUGCACCAAAGGACUCAUACAGGUGAGAAACCACAUGAAUGUGCUGAAUGUGGAAAAGCUUUCUUCCAGAAGGCACAACUUUCUAUGCAUCAGAGAACACAUACGGGUGAGAAGCCAUACGAAUGUAAUGAAUGUGGGAAAGCUUUCAUCUUCAAGUCAAAUCUCACUAUACACCACAGAACUCAUUCAGGUGAGAAGCCAUAUGAAUGUAAUGAAUGUGGGAAAGCGUUCCUUUCCAAGUCAAAUCUUAAUAAACAUCAAAGAAUUCAUACAGGUGAAUAUCUAUGAUUGUAAUGAAUGUGGAAAAGCUUUGAUCUUCAAGUCAGACACACUAUGAAUGAGAGAACUCUUUGAGGUGAGAAGCCAUAUGAAUGUAAUGAAUGUGAGAAUGAUUUGUACCAAAAAUCACAGUUCAGUAUACAUUACGAACUCAUGCAGGUGAGAAGCCAUAUGAAUGUGUUGUAUGUGAGAAAGCUUCCUGCCAGAAGUCAUAUCUGACCAUAUAUCAGAGAGUUCAUAAGUUAGCAUUCGUAGCAAUGUAGUGCAUCUGUGAAAGAUGACAUACCUCUCCAUUUGUCACGAAACUCAUACAGGAUAGAAUUCAUAGGUAUGUAGUGAAUGUGGCAAAACUUCCCUAAUUCAUAUCUCAGUAUUUAUCAGAGAAAUCAUACAGGUGAGAAGCCCUGUGAACAUGUGAUGGCUACCAAAUGCCACACCUUACCUAACAUUAGAAAACUCAAAGAAUUUAACAGUCCUAUGUGUUUAGAAUACAAGGAAGUUUUUCACACAAAGUCAUUCAAAAUCAUAAGUCACUCCGUAUAAGAAUUCCUUAAAGUGAGAGUUCUUACCAAAUAAAAACUCUGUUUGUCCCCUGUAACUUAUAAGUUACUUUAUAUUUAGUCAGUAAAUUCACCAAAGCCUAUAAUCAGUGUAGUCCUAUCUUUACAUCAGAAAGUGUGUGUAUGUAUGGUCCAUGGUCUCUUGAAGUUGUAAAUGAGUGCUCAUCCAGCUUUAUGUGGUGUCUGCAUAAUUGAAACUUGGGCCAAAAGGCAUUUUUAAUAAUUGCUGUUAUUUUAUGAGCUAUCUCAUGAACCAUCUAAGCCAGAAUUCAUGAGUGUGGAUACACUUAACUCUAUAGUAAAUGUAUCUGUAAUAUGUAUUUGAACAUAAAUAUAUCAGUCACAGAAUAUAAUAAACUUCACCUGUUUCUCCCUACCAUACACAUUUACCAUAUGUCCUAUACUCAAUUUUAACUUCAUAACAAUAUGCUUUGCUCUACAUAAUAUCUGUCAUAGGAUUUCGAAUGUUGCAGAAUUUUUCACUUGAGGGACAAAAGAUAGAAUGAAUUGGAAAGGUUUCUGAGUACAAGUUUACCACAUUUAGAAACUAAAGAAGCCCAAGAUUACAUUUUUAACUGAUUUGCUCUGAAGUAAAAAUUGGAAGACAUUGCAGAUGUAAGGUCUCAUGUUUGUUCCCAUCUGAACUGAAGAUUUCAAUUGGACAGUCCUAUUAUUGUGUAGUGAAUACUAGAGACAUAAAUAAAUAAUUUGUUAUAUAGAGUUAAUUGUGAUCAUACACUGUCACACAUUGUAAAAUCUGAUUAGCAAUUCCUUGUAAAGAUACAUUUACAUGAUCUAGACAGCAGUAUUUUUAUAUAUAU